CAUCCGUUCUAUUCCGUGUGUAUAUGCGUAAACCAAGUUAAUAAAUAAUUUUUAUUUUGUGCACUAUCUCUGGGUUUUGUUGUGUAGUGAAUUUAUUCUCAAAAUGGCAGCGAAUCCGCAAGAGGAAGGGUUCGAUCAAGCGGAGUUCGAAGAUGACGAUCUUGGCGAGGUUCAGAUUGAAACUUCCUCGGGUCGUAAACGAUUGUUUAGCAAGGAACUGCGCUGCAUGAUGUACGGCUUCGGCGACGAUCAGAAUCCCUACACCGAAAGCGUUGAUCUGCUAGAGGAUCUAGUGGUUGAAUUUAUAACCGAGAUGACGCACCGAGCGAUGGAAAUCGGACGUACGGGCCGGGUGCAGGUCGAGGACAUUGUGUUCCUUGUACGGAAGAACUCGCGCAAGUAUGCCCGCGUGAAAGACCUGCUUACGAUGAACGAGGAACUGAAACGGGCCCGCAAGGCCUUUGACGAGAUCAAGUACGCUGGGGCGGAAGCCAAACUGAAGUAAAACAAUAUUGAAAGUAUUUUGUAUUGAACCAUAAGUAAUGAUAAUAACAGAAAGAUGGAAGAC